AAUUGGAUGAGACAAGAAGGGUCAUGGAGUCUGCACUGCGGCUGCCGAACUCCAUAUCGUUUCCAUUUCUUGUCUCUCAUUCCAUAUGCAACAAAUCACCUUCUUCCUUCAAAACCCACUUUCCCUUCUCCCCUAAUUCCCUCACCUUUAGCAGCCCCAGCCGCCGGACCAGAUUUUCAGGUCACCCCGCGGCACUCCCCAAGUCCAGCGGCGCUGGAAACGAUGAAAAUGGUGAUGAAAUCGAUUGGCGCGGGAAUUCGGCAGUGAUAAUAUCGGCGUGCUUGGUGGGGUUCCUGACGGGGGUUGGCGUCGUGCUCUUCAACACCGCUGUUCAUGAGAUUCGGGAUUUCUCCUGGGAUGGGAUUCCCUCCAGGGGAACCUCCUGGUUGAGGGAGGAGCCGUUGGAUUCCAUCUGGUUUCGGGUUGUUUUGGUCCCUGCUUGUGGCGGUUUAAUUGUCGGACUCUUAAAUGCUGCCAGAGAAGCAGUGGCGCGGCCUGAUAACGAUUUGAGGGCUGCUCUCCGGCCCUUCUUGAAGACUGUGGCUGCUUGUAUCACUCUCGGCACUGGCAACUCGUUGGGGCCUGAAGGUCCUAGUGUUGAGAUUGGUUCUUCCAUUGCCAAGGUAGUUCAUAAACUGUUCGAUAAAAGUCCUCAAACAAGGCUCUCUCUUUUGGCUGCUGGCUCCGCAGCUGGAAUUUCUUCUGGGUUCAAUGCAGCCGUUGCUGGUUGCUUUUUUGCUGUGGAAUCCGUUCUCUGGCCAUCGCCAACAGAUUCAGCUGUUUCUCUUACUAACACCACCUCUAUGGUUAUUCUUAGUGCCGUUAUAGCUUCUGUUCUCUCAGAAGUUGGUCUUGGAUCUGAACCGGCCUUCAAGGUCCCUGAAUAUGACUUCCGUUCCCCUGGUGAACUGCCACUUUAUCUCUUACUGGGGAUCCUGUGUGGCUUGGUUUCAUUGGCAUUGUCCAAAUGCACAUCAUUUAUGUUAGGCAUUGUGGAUAAUGUUCAGAAGUCAGUUGGGAUACCAAGGUCUGUAUUUCCUGUACUGGGUGGCUUGACUGUCGGUGUAAUGGCCUUGGCUUAUCCUGAAAUUCUUUACUGGGGUUUUGAGAACGUGGACAUUCUUUUGGAAUCUAGACCAUUUGUAGAGGGCCUCUCAGCUGAUUUAUUGCUUCAGUUGGUAGCCAUCAAGAUAAUGGCAACUUCUUUGUGCCGAGCUUCUGGGUUAGUAGGAGGUUAUUAUGCCCCAUCCUUAUUUAUAGGUGCAGCAACAGGAAUGUCAUAUGGGAAAUUCAUUAGUUUUGUAUUUGCUAAUUCUACUCCACCUGUUAAUCUUUCCAUCUUGGAAGUGGCCUCACCACAAGCAUAUGGCCUGGUUGGUAUGGCUGCUACUCUUGCUGGAGUCUGUCAGGUACCGCUUACUUCAGUUCUGCUGCUAUUUGAACUGACACAGGAUUACCGGAUAGUUUUGCCACUACUUGGAGCUGUUGGAUUUUCUUCAUUGAUUACAGCUGGGCAAAUGAAAAGAAGGGAUGUCAAAGAGAAAAAAGCACUCCAAGAGGGAAGCACUAGUACUACUAAAGAGCCUCAAGAGUCUGAAGUAUCGUCCAGUAACUCAAGUGGACUAUCCUCAGCUAAUGUACAACCUGAAAUGGCAGCUUAUACAAGUAACAUUUGUGACAUUGAAAGCUCACUCUGUCUUGAUGAUUUCAGUUUUACUGGCAAGGACUUUACGAAGGAAAUUUUUGUCUCAGAAGGCAUGAGAACAAGAUAUGUAACAAUCCUGAUGAAUACUUUACUUGCAGAUGCAGUGACUCUUAUGCUUUUGGAGAAGCAGUCUUGUGCAGUCAUAGUUGAUGAUGCCAAUCAUUUACUUGGUUUAAUAACACUAGCUGAUAUUGAAGAGUUCAGCAAAUUUGCAAAAGGAAAAAACAUGGAAACCAAGGAGCUUUUGGUAUCUGAAGUGUGUUCAUUGGAUGCUGACAAAUGUCGAGUACCAUGGACUGCUACGCCCUCCAUGGACCUUCUAUCUGUGCAAAUUAUCAUGAAUAGACAUGGUAUAAGUCAAGUUCCAGUUGUUUCAGAGCAUGUUGAAGACUGCAGGGGACGUCCUGUUGGACUUUUAGACAGGGAAAGCAUCAGUCUUACUCUCAGAGCCUUAGCAACAAGACAAUCCCUAAAUGUUCCACGCCUUAAAGACACAAUGUGUUGAGGAUGAGAGCUGCUCUUUUGAUACUGCCAAAGAUUAAUCAGGAUGCUUGACAUCAAGAAAUUCAUAUUUUUUCUUUCAAUUUUGGCAAUCCUACCAAUACAGCCCAUGGAAAGUCCCCAGAAGGUACUAGCUGCAUGCAUUGUUAGAGAGAUUUGUCAGUUGGAGGAAAGGUCCCAUAUAUUUUACAGAACCAUCAGUAGCUGAGAUUCUGACCCCAGUUGUUGCAGGAAGCCUGAGAUUCUUAACGAAUUUAAUCAGUUGCAGGGCAAAGUUCUGUUAAGUUGUUCUUCCGGAGCCAGAACCAGAACCAGAACCAGAACCAUUGGGAGCUGAGAUGCUACCACAGCUGUUCUUGGCGUUUGUAGAGAUAGAAAACUCUCUCUUGCCCUUCUUUGCAGCAGAAAGAUCAUCUCUGCAAAGCUAUCUUAUACAUUGAUGAAGAGGGAAUGCAACAAUACAACAGAGGUACAAGAAUAAUUGAAGAAGGGUUGAACUCACGGCAAGAUUUCAACUUCUCUUUUAUAUUUUCUGCUGCAGAAGGUUUUAAAUGUUCUCAGAUUACCGAUUUCAAAAUUUUGGUUGCUUGGAAAAAGUAGUACGUAUUUGUGAAAAUCCUAGUGUUAUGCUUGUAGUCGUAGUUUUACUUCAUUUU